AUGCACGGACUGGUGCGCGCGACGUGUAAAGGCGGCGGCUAUAUCAUCUCCCCGCGCGCUCUCGGUGUCGCGCAGGGUGACGAAUUGACCUCUAUGGUCACGAACGUGGUGCACUUGGAUCCACGGGGGUGGGAAGGCAAACUGCUGCAACGCUUGAACAUCAUGCACUUGUACGUGCGACCUCAGGUGCUGUCAUUAACAGGGCUGCGCGAUGUGAUGGAAGCUCGCAAGUACGUGUGUCCGAAUGCCCCCGAAGAAGUCUCGGUAACCUUCACGGCGUCGACAGAAGAGCAGCAUGCGAACGCAGCCGCAGUACAAGCAGGAAGAGAGAGUGUCGACGAUCCAGAUGCGCCGGUGUCUCGAUUGGAAGAGUUUCCGAGUAACGUACCGCGAUCAAUGUGGGCUGAACCGGAUGGCGCAGCUAUGAUGGUGCGAGGCCCCGACUACUUGGCUGACCAGCGGAAGAUUCCGUCGCAGUCUCCAUACUUUCGCCUUGUGGGUGUCGACCUCUUCGAGUCGUCAGAAUCUGUUGAGCAUAUUGCUUCCCUUCCGGGUAACUCUGUUCAGCGCGAACUUCGACGUCACGCAGAGCGAGGAACGGAGAUGCCGUUCACCUUUGUGGUCAACUUUGUGGUGCCAGGCACGCCGCGCAUUAACUUGGUACUCUACUACCAGGUACCUCAUCCAUCCGUGCUAACAGACGGCUCACCGUCGUCUGAACUGAUGGCUGAUUUUCUAGACAGCUCGGAUGAGUUUCGCAACGAGCGCUUCAAGCUUAUUCCCUGUAUCGUCGAGGGGAGCUUUAUCGUGCGUCAGGCAGUGGGCUCUACUCCUGCGCUCAUUGGCAAGAAGCUGCGCCAGCCUACGUAUCGCGGCAAGCAGUAUUUUGAGCUGGAUGUCGACAUUGGCUCGUCGGCAGUUGCCAACCGUGUCGUCGGUCUCGUCUCAGGCUACACGAAGAAGCUGGUGAUUGACAUGGGUUUUGUGCUGGAAGGCCAAAGCCCUGAUGAAUUACCCGAGCGGCUUUUCGGCAGCGUGCGCCUCGUGCAUCUCGACCUUGACGUCGCCGAGAAACUCACGUAA